AUGGAUGCCUAUUUACCUAUGGUGCUCAGUGCUCAGGAAUACUCUCCAUCGGCUCAGGUUAGGGCAGCGACUACUCCGACCCAAAGACGAAAGUGGACCUGGGCCACACUCCAAGAAUCGGACAUCGUAGAGGAUGAUCCCGUUAAGGACAGAGCGCUGGUAUGGAAGCAGGAUCUACGGAUCGUUCCGCUAUCCGCAGCAAUUUACCUACUUUGCUAUCUUGACCGGUCAAAUAUUGGCCUUUUCCCAGGUCUGGUAUACUACCUGACUUUCUGGUAUCGCACAGAAGAGCGUUCUAUCCGUGUAGCAUUCAUCCUAGCCUCUGCCACCCUGGCAGGUGCAUUUGGUGGCGCCAUUGCGUACGGUGUUGGCCAUAUGAACGGAACUCAUGGACUUUCAGCCUGGAGGUGGCUUUUCAUUCUUGAGGGCAUUCCUUCAUGUAUUUCAUCAAUUUUUGUGCUGUUUUAUUUGCCUGAUUAUCCCGAGACUUCCAAUUGGCUGACUGUGGAGGAAAAAGCGCUUGCCACUCGUAGAUUGGCAACUGAGGGGUCACAUGGCCAUGGGCAGAACUUGACCUGGGCCCAGGCCAAAGAGACGCUGAUGGAUUGGAGAUUGUUGGCUCAUUAUGCUAUUUACUUUGGGAUCUCGACCCCAUUCUCCAGCCUCUCAUUGUUCACACCUAGUAUUACAGGCGGUUUAGGGUAUAAAGAUCUCACAGCACAGCUUAUGACUGUCCCUCCAUAUGCGGUUGCUUACGUUGUUACGAUCCUCGCCUCCUAUUCGUCCGACCAUUUCAACGCACGAGCCCUCCACUCCGCCAUUUUUGCUACAAUUGGUGCCGCAGGGUUUAUGGCGUCGGCACUUCUGCCGGCCGAUUCAUAUCAAUCACGCUACGGUUGCUUAAUUGUCGCUGCCUCUGGCGCAUUCUCCUGCAUCCCACCGCUCCUCGGCUUUCUAUCAUCCAACCUCUUCACCACCGCAUCAGCUGGUCUAGCCAUUGCGCUCAACGUCUCGGUGGGUGCCCCGGGGCAAAUUGCCGGAGUGUGGAUUUAUAAGGCCAAUGAGGCGAAAAUCGGAUAUCCUACUGGACAUCAUACGAAAGUGUUUAAAGCCGCUGAAUACGUUGAGGGUGAUUGCAAGCUCCCCAAGGCAGGCAUACUUGAAAGCAACUCAACCAUGCAACUUGGACGUAGAAAUGGCAAAGUAUUGGCGAUGCAACUAUAA